AUGUCAUCUUAUUUAUUCACUAGUGAAUCCGUCACCGAAGGUCAUCCAGAUAAAAUCUGUGAUCAAGUAUCAGAUGCUGUUCUCGAUGCUUGUUUAGCUCAAGAUCCAUUAUCAAAAGUUGCUUGUGAAACUGCAACCAAAACUGGUAUGGUUAUGAUUUUAGGUGAAAUUACCACCAAAGCCAACGUUGACUAUCAAAAAGUUGUUCGUGAAGCUGUUAAAAAGAUUGGUUAUGAUGACUCAUCAAAAGGUUUUGAUUACAAAACUUGCAAUGUUUUAGUUGCAAUUGAACAACAAUCACCAGAUAUUGCUCAAGGUGUCCACAUUGGUAAAGUUAACCCAGAAGAUAUUGGUGCUGGUGAUCAAGGUCACAUGUUUGGUUAUGCCACCAACGAAACCCCAACUUUAAUGCCACUUACUCAUUUCCUCGCCUCUGAAUUAGUCAACAAAUUAACUGAAUUACGUCACAAUGGUACCUUAGCCUGGGCUCGUCCAGAUGCCAAGACUCAAGUCACUGUUGAAUACAAAAAAGAAGGUCACAAAAUCACUCCAGUCAGAGUACACACCAUCGUUAUUUCAACUCAACACGACGAAAAAGUCACCAACGAACAAAUCAGAGCUGAUUUGAAAGAAUUAGUCAUCAAAGCUGUUGUUCCAGCUCAAUACUUAGACGAUAACACCAUCUACCAUUUGAAUCCAUCAGGUCGUUUCGUCAUUGGUGGCCCAAUGGGUGAUUCUGGUUUAACCGGUCGUAAGAUCAUCAUUGAUUCAUAUGGUGGUUGGGGUGCUCACGGUGGUGGUGCUUUCUCUGGUAAAGAUGCCACUAAAGUCGAUCGUUCUGGUGCUUACGCUGCUAGAUGGAUCGCUAAAUCUUUAGUUGCCGCUGGUCUUGCCGAUCGUUGUUUAGUUCAAGUUUCAUACUCUAUUGGUGUUGCCAAGCCACUCAGUGUCUUUGUUGAUACCUAUGGUACCGGUAAAAAGACUGAUGCUGAAAUCCUUGCCAUCAUCGAUAAUAACUUUGAUUUACGUCCAGGUUGUUUAAUGCGUGACCUCCAAUUAACUCGUCCAAUUUUCCAAAAAACUGCCUCUGGUGGUCACUUUGGUAGAAAUGAUCCAGACUUUACCUGGGAAACCGUCAAAGAACUCAAGAUGUAA